AUGGCGAGCUGCCCAGUGAAGGGCUGUUCUUCCACUGACAGCACCGGCAUUACUCUAACACUACCACCCGUUCAAUGGACCACUAAUAUAAUGUCGAUGAAUGAGAGCAAUAUCGAGGACUGCGAGUGGUAUUGGGGGGACAUAUCCAGAGAUGAGGCGCACGAGAAGCUUAGAGACACUAAAGACGGCACAUUCCUCGUGAGGGACGCCUCCAACAAGGGUUCCGGUGAAUACACACUGACUCUGCGAAAGGACAGUACAAACAAAUUGAUAAAAAUAUGUCAUCAAAACCAAAUGUAUGGCUUCUCAGAGCCGCUAAGAUUCACUUCAGUCGUCGAACUCAUCAAUUACUAUCGAAAGGAAUCUCUUUCCCAAUACAACCACACACUAGACGUGAAACUCUUGUACCCGAUCUCGAGGUUCAAUCAAACAGAAUGCGAAGACUUCGAGACAAACGACAUCUCGAAAGUGAGCUCAAAGUUGAAUGAAAUCAACAAAGAGUUCACCAAAAAGACAGAAUUAUACGAUCAGUUCAACGAUGACUACAACCGAUCGGCGCAAGAGAUUCAGAUGCAGAUGAAGGCAUUGGAGUCAUACUCGGAGUUAAUAAAGAUAUUUAAGGAACAACUGCUCUCGAACUCCAACUAUCAAAACGAAUCGCUCGCUCAUGAGAUCAGUUCAAUGCAAGAUCACUACCAGAAGACACUCUUCAAAAUGAAUGCUUUGAUGGAAAAGAGAUCCAAUUUGGAGAAGGAGUUGAAGAAUUCGACGGCUCGUCACCGACUCGUAGACCAAGAAAUGAAUUUUAUUAAACCAGAACUUCAGAAGUUAGGCAAACAGAGGGCUAUAUUCCAGAGGUUAUUAGAGGCGAAUAGUGGCGGAUCCCUUCCCCACCACAACGACUCGGCCUGGUUUAUAAGGGACUGCAAGCGGGACGACGCCGAGAACCUACUGAAGAGCCGACCCGACGGCACGUUCCUCAUCAGGAAUAGUCGACAGGAGGGACAGUACGCCUUGUCUAUCAUGAACGACGGCAAAGUGUGUCACUGUCUUAUCCACAAAACGGAGCGCGGCUUCGGCUUUGCCGAGCCAUUCAAUAUAUACCCGUCACUCGUGAGUCUAGUUCUUCAUUACGCCCAGACAUCACUCGAAGAGCACAACGACUUACUCCACACGACACUCGCUUAUCCUGUUUUCGCCAAUUCUGUAAAUAAUGGAAAGGCGUCUUGAAUGUCUUUCCCAAUCGAUAGUAGUUUUUUGUUAUUUGCGAUCAAAUUUUGAUUUUAUUUAAAUUGUUUUCAUUUUUGUCUGUGAAAUAAAUUCUAUCGUUUUUAAAUUAAA